AUUACCGACAUUACAUCGUAAAGAAAUGUCAACUAAAGCAUAACCUUACAUUUUGCACCAAUUACUCAACUUUUUUUAAAGUAAACAAUGUCUGUCCCUCGGGCUCUGCCCCAGAGCAAAGAAGCCCUGCUCAAGUCCUACAGGACACGCCUCAAAGACGACGUGAAAAGCAUGUUGGAAAAUUUCGAAGAAAUUGUUAAAUUGGCCAAAGGCGAUCACGACACACAAUUAUCCCGAAUGACGCAAUGCGAGCAAGACACUUUCGAAAUGCACGUCCGUGCUGCUAACAUUGUUCGGGCCGGGGAGUCCCUCAUGAAACUUGUCUCGGAUAUCAAACAGUACUUGAUUUUGAACGAUUUUCCAUCGGUGAAUGAAGCAAUUACGCAAAACUCGAAAUUAUUCAGGACUAAGCAAGCAGAGUGUGAUCAAAAACUUAUGUCUUUGAGGGACGACAUGGCGGCUGAUUUGUAUGACCUUGAGGAGGAAUACUACACUAGUUUAAAUAAAUAAUUAAACAACGCCGUAGUUUGUUUCAUUUUUUUAUUCAACACAACACAACUAAUUACAAUUUACAAACUCGUAA